AUGUUCCAGGACUUCGGGCACCUCACGGAGCGCCGGAGGGCGGAGAGGGAACAGAGAAAGAAGAAGAUCAUCAUAGUCAGCUGCUCGGUCGCGCUCCUCCUGGUCGUCGUUCUCGGCGUCGUCGCGAGUCUGCACAUCUUCACAAAGGACCCCUCUAACGUGUCCGCCACCUCUGGUGGACUCCGCACCACAUCGAGGACCAUUGAGCUGAUAUGUUCCUCGACCGACUUCAAGCACGCUUGCGAGUCAAGCCUGUCAAGGGUGCUCAAUUCCUCCGCCGGUAACUCCACCUCCACCGACCUCCAGCCAAGGGAUCUCAUCAAGGCGGCCAUUGCCGCCGUCGCCGACGAGGUUUCCGAGGCCUUCAGCCAGGCCAAGCUGAUCAAGACCGACGACCCCAUGGUCGAAGGCGCAGUCGAGGAUUGCAAGGGCCUCUACCAUUAUGCCAAGGACGAGCUCUUGCAGACGCUCAGGGACGUCGGGAAGAGUCCGGCGGAGCAGCUUCCAAAGAAGGAACACGACCUCAAGAACUGGCUAAGCGCCGUCAUGUCGUACCAGCAGACUUGCAUCGACGGCUUCCCCGAGGGGGAGUUCAAGACCAAAAUGGAGAACGCCAUGAAGACCGCCAAGCAGCUCACUAGUAAUGCCCUUGCCAUCGUCGCCCAGGCCGCUUCACUCUUCUCCAUGCUCGACGUCCGUGGGCUGAGGGUCCGCCGCCGUCUAAUGUCCGACGCGGAUGGUCUCCCGGCGUGGGUACCGGAGGGGGACCGAAGGCUGCUGAAAGAAAAGGUGACGAAGAACCUGAAGCCGAACGUUGUGGUGGCGAAGGACGGCAGCGGGGACUUCAGGACUAUCUCUGCCGCGCUCGCCGCUAUCUCGGAGAAAUACCAUGGAAGGUAAUGAAAGGUCCACGGCACCUGCCGCCGAACGCAAGAAAAGAGCGAUCACCAGGAGCCUGUUAAUUCACGGCGUUGACAGCAGAUUGUCUUGAAUGGCUCAGGUACGUGAUCUACGUCAAGGCCGGGAUUUACGACGAGAGCCCGACGGUAACGAAGGAGAUGGUGAACGUGACCAUGUACGGCGAUGGCUCGAGGAGGACCGUCGUCACCGGAAGCAAGAACUUCGUGGAUGGGACGAGGACGUUCCAGACAGCGACAUUUAGUGAGUGAUUAUCAUUUGUAUUAACAUGUGGCUGUAGUUUAGUGGUUAGAAUUCCACGUUGUGGCCGUGGAGACCUGGGCUCGAAUCCCAGCAGCCACAUCUCUACAGACUAACUUUUUUUUAGUUCAUUUUUGGGUCCUCAGAAAAUUAUUAAAAAACCCCAACAUAGUUUAAAACUAAGAUGGAAGUACGUUUAUGUUUGAAUAUUUUGGCGCGUCUGGUAUUUAUUCGUGGUCGCCUAUCCUACGUCGGUGUGAUGAUCCUCUUUCCUUCCCGGAUGUACGUACAGUUGCCAUCGGAGAGGGCUUCAUGGCCAUCGCCAUGGGGUUCCGCAACACCGCCGGCGCCAUCAAGCAUCAGGCGGUGGCCAUCCGCGUCCAGUCCGACCGCGCCAUCUUCCUCAACUGCCGCAUGGAGGGCUACCAGGACACGCUCUACGCGCAGACCCACCGGCAGUUCUACCGCGGCUGCGUCGUCGCCGGCACCGUCGACUUCAUCUUCGGCGACGCCGCCGCCGUCUUCCAGAACUGCGUGCUCGUGGUCCGCCGCCCCCUCGACAACCAGCAGAACAUCGUCACCGCCCAGGGCCGCAUCGACCGCCGCGAGUCCACCGGCUUCGUCAUCCAAAACUGCCGCUUCGUCGCCGACAAGAAGCUCGCCUUGGCGGGGGCUGCCCCCAUCCGAAGUUACCUCGGCCGGCCGUGGAAGGAGUACUCCCGCACCAUCAUCAUGGAGUCUACCAUCGGGGACUUUAUCCAACCCGACGGCUACAUGCCCUGGGACGGGGACUUCGCCCUCAAGACCCUCUAUUAUGGCGAGUAUGGCAACAAGGGCCCCGGCGCCGGGCUGUCGAAGCGCGUAGCGUGGCCGGGGUUCAAGGUGAUUGGCAAGGCGGAGGCGCAAGCGUACACGGUGGCGCUCUUUAUCCAGGGCGGCGACUGGAUCAGGGCCGCCGGCGUUCCGGUGCACCUGGGGAUGUACAACUGA